AUGUUCUGCGAUGGUGGUUCGGCAAGCCAAGAUCAACGUGUUGCUGACCCCAGGUUGAGCACUCCUGCACUAGAAAAAGAAUCCACAGGCGAAAAGCCACAUCGCUGUCAUCUGUGUCCCUUCGCAUCUGCCUAUGAGCGCCACUUAGAGGCUCACAUGCGCUCUCAUACCGGAGAAAAACCUUACAAGUGCGAGUUAUGUUCUUUCCGCUGCAGUGACCGUAGCAACCUUUCCCAUCACCGGCGCCGCAAGCACAAGAUGCUCCCGAUUAAAGGCACGCGUCCAUCUCUUGGAAACAAGAAAAUGUGGGGGGUCCUUCAAAAGAAGGUCAGCAGCCUGGGGUACAGUCGCAGAAUGCUAAUCAACCUGAGUCCACCAUCCAUGGUGGUGCACAAGCCUGACUAUUUGAGUGACUUCUCUCAUGAGAUCCCCAGCAUUCAGAGUGAAGCCUAUGAGACUCUGGCCAAGACUUCUCAUACGGGAGGACUGUCUAGGGACCCACAGGAACUCAUGGUGGACAAUCCUUUAAAUCAGCUGUCCACAUUGGCUGGACAGCUUUCCAGCUUACCGCCAGACACUCAGAAACCCCGCCUCUCCCGAUCCAGGUCCUUGCCCAGAUGAGAAACCCUUUAUGAUCCAACAGCCUCCAGCACCAGCCUGCGCUUCUGCAGUAUCAACCAGUGUUCCUCAGAGCUCCUCCCCAGCCAGCCCUGAAGUCCGUGCCACCCACAAUCACAGGAACUGUAGUCCCAUGGCCGGGCCAAGUAGCGAACGUAGUGGGCGAACCAGCACUCCCAGCAUCAGCAACAGUCAGCCUAGUACACCUGCCCCUGCUCUCCCGGUUCAGGACCCUCAACUUCUUCAUCACUGCCAGCACUGUGACAUGUACUUUGCAGACAAUAUACUGUACACAAUCCACAUGGGUUGCCACGGUUUUGAAAAUCCUUUCCAAUGCAACAUAUGUGGCUGCAAAUGCAAAAACAAGUAUGACUUUGCUUGCCACUUUGCUCGAGGCCAGCACAGCCAAAACUGA